AUGUUCAUACUCACCACGAUUCAAGACUUGAUACAAAUCAAGCCCGAGGAUUUUAGCAGGCCGAGCCUGCAAGCCAUCAAAGAUGUAGUCAACGAAAAGUACAGCAACAAGAUCAUUCCAAACAUAGGGCUAUGUCUUUGCAUGUGGGAUCUAUUAUCAGCCACAGAGGGUCUAAUCGGCCAUGGGACAGGUCUUGUGAACGUCAACAUCGAAUUUCGCAUGACCGUCUUCCGUCCAUUCCGUGGUGAAAUCAUCUACGGACUUAUCAAGUCUUCCAACGAGGAGGGCAUUAUCAUCGACCUUGAGUUUACUUCCGAGGUCUUCAUACCCUACCAGAAUCUCCCCGAGAAUUCAACUUUCUCAAAAGCAGAGAAUGUCUGGGUCUGGAAUUCUGAGGGUACUGAACUAUUUUUUGACAAGGGUGAACCAGUCUUAUUCAGGGUAGAACACGAAGAGUGGUUCGAUCAACGGCCGACUAUUGUGGAAAGAGAUGAGAAGGGUGAAAUUGUUGAGGAACGACCCACAGCAUGGAGAGUCAUUGGCUCCAUGGCUCAACCCGGUCUAGGUCCAACGCUUUGGUGGGCAGAGGAAGGUGAAGGAGGCGAAGAAGAUGGGGAUGGGGAUGGGGAUGUCGAGAUGGAUGGCGCCGAGGAAUGA